GUCAUCUGUGCUGGGGGGGAGGAGGUUUACCGCAGUGUCUCCAUCCUGUCUCCCCCCUCUCUCCCUCUCUCUCUCUCUGCCUCUGUCUGUCUGUCUCUCUCUCUCUCUGUCUCAUCCCACCGAUCGGUACCGAUCACCGGAUCGAUUCACCGGCUCUCACCCUCCGGGUCCGACAUCACAGCCGCAGAGGAGGCGAGAGGCUCGUGCCGUAUUCGCGGGAGAGCAUCGCGCGCAGUCUGAGCCCCACAGAGCGACCUCCAUCUUCAUCCUCUCCAUCCUCAUCUUCAUCAUGUCCGCCGCCAAGGAGGAGGAACGCAAAGGCUCGAGCGAAUGGCGGGAAUUCUUCUGGAACCCGAGGACUCAUGAGCUGAUGGGCCGAACCGCCUCGAGCUGGGGUGAGUCCGGAUCGGUCCGCUACUCAAUGUCACUCUACCACUCUCUCUCCUUCACCUCCAGUGACUGUCUGUGUCUCUCUGUCUCUCUCUCUCUGUCUGUCUGAGUAAUCCUGGCUUUAGUUCAGGUUAAUGUCUCCCUCUGUAUUAAUCAUAGAUGAUCAUCGAUGUCACAGAAGAGAGACAGAUUCGGAUUUCAUUUGAUAAAUUCAUUCUAAUAAUAGAACCACACACACACACACACACACACACACACACACACACACACACACACACACACACACACACACACACACACAGAGCCACAUAAUACCUGGAAAUAACCAGGUUAACCAGCUCAAACAGAGACGCAGGUGUUGCAGGUUGCCAAUCUUGCCCCUGGUUCCACCCACAUGUCAGGUGUUCGGGGUUUCCUUCCAGGUUGACUGUGUUGCGUUGUCAGAGUUGCUCAUAUUGUCAGUGUCUCGACAGUUACCUGUGUCCCCAGAGUGUUGCUGUGUCUUUAGAGGAUGGUCUGUGUCUCCAGAGGGUUCUUCUCAGAGUUGCUCUUAUGCUGUGUUCGAGUUACCUCGGAAGUCAGAAGUCCGAGCUGAAAAUAACGUCACACCUGAGUUGCCAGUGUUUCGGUUACCAAGUCAGAAAAAGCAAAAUCAGAGGCAGAAACAAGAUGGCUACAUCUACGAAAGUUAUUUUGGCGCUUGCGUUGUCCAAAUAUAAGGCAAGCGCUAAAGUAACUUUCGUAGAUGUAGCCGUCUUGUUUUGACUUGGUAACUGAAACACUGAGAACUCGAGACAUCUGACUCCUGAGGUAACUCAUACGCAGCAUCAUUGCCUGUAUCUCCCUACUUGCCUAUGUUACUUAUGUUGUUAGGGGUUGUCAUGCCCCUGGGAUUGCUUUAGUUGCCCAUGUCUUUUGGGGGUUUAGGUUUUGCUGUGGCCCCAGAGUUUCCUGUGUUGUUGUUUCCAGAGUUGCCCAAGCUGCCUGUAAAGCCUUGUCUCCUGAGUUGCCUGUGGUCACUUCUUUCUCGUGUUGUCAUGUCUCCAGAGAUGCCCUUGUUGCUGCGUGCCCAAAGUUGCCCGUGUUGCCAUGUCUCCAUAGUUUCUUGUGUGCCAGGGCAGGUACUCUGAGCUCUCCUUUUUGCCUGUCUCCAUAGUUGCCUGUGUUGCCUUCUGCCCUAAGUUGCCUGCGUAGCCUUUGUCUUGAAAGUCGCCUGAGUUGCCUUUGUCUUUCCGUGUGAUGGAGUUCUGAUCCUUGAGAUGUUGUACAGUCUGGUUGCCGCGGUGAAAGCUAAAACAUGAAACCGACAGACUACAGCUCCCAGGAUGCACUUCACUGAUAAACAGCCAAUCACAGCUGAAGAGGAAACUGUCUGCAGCUUUAACAAAUCAUUAAUCAGUUUGAUCAACUCCUACUUAUCACCAACUCAGCAAGACCUAACAUCACACACACACACACACACACUCCUUAAUUUAUACUGCACACACUCGCUCGUCCUAUUUUCCUCUUUGAGAGAGAGAGGGUGACCUUCAGACAGGACAUGGCUGACAGAGGACGAGAGAGCAUCACUAACACUGAGGCAGGGAGGGAGAGAGAGAGAGAGAGAUUCAAGCUAACUGUAGCUGUUAGCUCACAGUUAGCUUAUCACUGACUGUUAGCUGACACUGUUGAAUUACAAUAAGCUAACCGUUAGCUCAUUAAAACCUGAAUGUUUGAAUGGACAGAUAGCUGAUUAUAUGGUUAACUGAAUAGUAGCUCACAGAUCAUUAGCUCACUGUUAGCUACACUGUUUAAUUACUACAGAGCUGCCAAGCGGCACGCUUUGAGUGUGACAGUCACGCAAUUUGACCCGUUUUCACGCCACAUUUGACUUUUCUCACGCUUAUUUUUCCCCGUUCAAUACCGUAGUUCGAGUUACUCUGAUUGGCUGACCGAGUUAACCAAUCCCAGACCCAUCCAUCGGUCUUUUGUGCCAAAUGCUGCGCUAGAGUUUCCGCGGAAGUCAGAUGUCGUAGCUGAAAAUGACGUCACACCCGAGUUCCCAGCGUUUCAGUUAACUAGUCGGAAAAAAGAAAAAUCGGAGGCCUGAAACAAGAUGGCUACAUCUAUGAAAGUUAUAUUAGCGCUUGCCUUAUAUUUGGACAAGGCAAGUGCUAAAAUAACUUUUGUUGAUUCUGGAGGAAUAACGGGCGCUUAAAACGGAGGUAGACCGGACAAGAGCUAAAAAGCCGGGUCAACAUAAACGAUGGGGGACGCUUGGGGAUCUUGGUGACCCUGUAACCUUUCUGCUGGACAGGUAAACCGCUUUAACAAAGUAAGACAAGUGUCUGUAACAGAAGUGUUUCUUGUCAAACGGACCUGCUGUAGCGUGUUGUAGCGCCAUCGCUAAACUGUCCUCCCUCGGGUCCUGGACUAUGUCACUUUAUCCUCGUUGUAGAAGUCCUGCAAACAUUGUGUUUGCUGGUAGUCUGUUGGCAUCUACAGUAGCACCAAUGCUUUUGACUUUCACCUUGACUGGGCCCCAUUUGUAAUGAUCUGAAGGAUUUAUCUGCAUUAUAUCUGAAUUUAAUUGGAACGAUACGAGCGAGCAGGAGCAUCUGUUUGUGGGCGGGGCUUAAGAGAGGGAGGGGAGGAGCUGAGGGGAAAACCGGUUGGAGGGGUAGAGUUUACAUUCAAGAUUUCUGCUAAAAACUGGAACUAACUCAGAUCCUGACUACAACACCUUUAAGUCGGUUGUUCCCUUUGACCCUGACUGAUGACAUCACUGAGUGACCAGGUGUGGAGGCUGUUUCACACCUGCAGAGUCACUCAGGAAGUAAACUUAAGAGGUGAUGACCCCAUUAAUCAGUUAGCAGGAAGUGAUGAACCCGGCUGCAGGUGCACACCUGACACACACCUGUUCUCAGUGUCUCUCUCUCUAUUGUUACACUGUUUGACUCCUCUGAGGUCUGCCUGACUUUACAUAACUACACUGAUGAUGUCAUAUUUCCCAUCAUGCCCCAGGUCGGUGGAUGUUUGGCCUUGAUGGAGACUGAAGGACACACACAGUCAUGCAAAGACACACUCUUGGAAAUAACACACACCGAUACACACACAGGCACAAUAAACUGAAGUGAACAAAACCACAGAGGAGUGUGUUGUGUGUGUUAUGUGUGUGUGUGUUUGUGUCCGUCCGUUUGUGUGUGUGUGAAUUAAUCUGGAUUACCCAGACAGACGAGGUUGAUUGGACUGUAAUCUAUCCCCACAAACUCACAUGUGGGAAUAAACGUAUUUGUGAGGACCUUAUUGGCGUUCUAUUAAAGGAGCAGUACACCAUUUUAGUCAAUCAGGAGAUUCAGUGGAAUCUCAGGACAAAAUCAUCUGACAGACAUUUGCUCCACACCGAUUUACACCAGUGUUCACCCAGACUUCCACCAGAGCCAUGUUCACUUUGUCCCUGAUCCGGUUCUGCUCCGUGUUUCCUUGUCCGCUGCUUUUUCAGAGUCUGCUGGACGCCGGAGUCACGAGAAAGAGGAUUUCCAGAGUUAAAUGCAGAAUUAAAGGUUUUUCUACCUCCAUGAUAAGCUCUGAAAACCUCUGACUUGUUGACCCGGAGCCUGGCUCUGCUCACUGUGGUGACGGUUUGUUGGUGUAGUGAGGUCAGAUGUUUCCCUCAGUCACCUGUUUGCUAAUUGCUGCGCCGUGUUUUAGCAGCAUCCAACAAAAAUAGAAACUGCGGGUACCUGCUGCAGACGGCUCCAGACUGUUGGAGAUGAGACGGAGCAGAAAUGCAACACAGUGGUGCCUCUGGAAUUGAACUUAGAGGCACUGCAGUUCCUCUGAACAUGUGCAGUGACUCUGCAGAAAAAAACAUGCCUAGCAGAACAUGUCGACGCUUUGGUUUUCAUGAGGGGGCGGGGCUUAGAGGUAUGUUUUGUCUUAGGGUUAAUGAAGCAGAGCUGUUAUCGAGGGGAAGAUCAGACUCUGGUUGUCCGGUCUGGUCUGAUCCUGUUAGCUGAGGACAUGUCUGAUGAUAUUAGCUCUGUCUUUGAUGGGUUCUGCUCAGACCCGGUUCAGUUCUGAAACUGGAGAUAUUUUAGGGUCUUUGGAGGAUGUCCGAUGAUUCUGUUCAAUUUGAGUGUUCCUGGAUGUUUCUAUGACACUAUGAAAGUGAAUGAAACCACAGGACUGUGUGCUUCAGGUCCCAGAGAGCUGAGAGAAGACUGCCAGGUCUUCAUUAGAGAACAUUCAGAGACUUCUAAGGACCUUCAGAGCAUUCAAAGUCCUUGAAGAGGAUUCAGGGAUCCUUUAAAGGCCAAGAACAAGUUCUUUGGGUCCUUGUAAAUAAAGCCUCUCUGAUGUUGCCUUGGAUUUAAGGAUUCCAUGGUAGAGCAGUGUCACCACAGUGUCUGUAACUGCCAAUCAGAGUUCAGCAUCUUCUGAUGGAACAGACAGCAGGAACUGUCACUUCAGAAUAACCAAUAUGAAGAUGAGAGACAGAGAGGAUCCUCACCCAACAGAGGGAUUACACCCCCCCUCCUCCCCUCCCCCAUUCACACUGAAUGUAGGUCAUCAGCAGGGGGCGGGGCUAAACACAAGAGGAUUAUAAAGAUGACAUUUAGGGGAGGGGGGAGGGAUGGGGGGAGGAGAGGAUGUGAUCCACUUUAACUCCUCCCCUCCCUCCUACCACAGGUCUGAUCCUGCUCUUCUACCUGGUCUUCUACCUGUUCUUGGCUGGGAUGUUCACCCUCACCAUGUACAUCAUGCUGCUGACGCUGGAUGACUACAAACCCACCUGGCAAGACCGCCUGGCCACACCAGGUAACACACACUCAAACACACCCGAACAAACGCACAAGUACAUCUGGACAUGCACCUGCUCACAAACACACCUGAUGGCCUUUCAGGAUCUUUCUGGGAGGCUCAGGAUGUGAUUGGUUAACCCUCUGUUUUUCUUUCAGGAAUGAUGAUUCGUCCAAAAGGUGAUCAGCUGGAGAUCACUUAUUCGAUCUCAGAGACGGAGAGCUGGGACGGCUUCAUCCAGAACCUGAACACCUUCCUCUCCCGUAAGAUUGACGGCAAAACAAGGAGAUGUUGAUGGUUUAACUGAACAUUAAGUUUGUUUUAUUACGUUAUAUCCCAAAUCUUAAAUCUCGGUGAGGUUAAAAAUGUGCUUUUCAAGACUGUCCUGACCAAGACAAGUACAAACAUAAUGCAAGAGGUGAUAAUAGAACAUGAAAACACAAAAUAAACUGUAAAACAAGUUGAUCACAACCAUAAUUAUGCCAAACAGAAUAUUUACAGCUAGAUGUGUCUGCCUCCAGUCAUUCAAAAGCACCUGAUAACACAAAUCCCUAAAUCAGCAAACCAAAUCCUUUUUUACCACCUCGGUUCUGACCUUUAGAGAUCUGGAGUUCCUGUCCCCUUCUGUCUGAUGUAGGUUAGAGGGUGUCGAGGAACCAGACCUGAAUAAGAGCCUGCCAACAUGCAUACAGUGAGGGUUUCAAAAUUAGUGAGGGGCCUCAGUGCCUCCACAAAGUCAGGAGUGAGAAGGUCUUGUAAGAGGUCUACAUGUAUCAUCAUCGUCCACCACAGACAAAACGGUGGCGAAGACCAGUCUCUUUUUGGACCCCAUGAAAAGACAGGAUUUGACUCUACCAUCUAAACACCUGUUUAAAGUUUUCAAUCAUGCCACCUUUGCUGAGGUGUGCAUCAGAUCAUCAACAUAAAAAUGGAAACUAAUAUCUUCAGUAUUUUGGUUGAUGUCAGAAGAAUAAAAAGUAAUGGUCAAAGCACUGACUCCUGUGGCACUCCUACCGUCACUUCAAGUGAGUUAGAGGUGUAUUAAAACACUUUAUGUAGUUUUCAAACCUUUUACCAUUUCUUUGGACCGUUCUUCUUGACAGAGUCUUUGUUUCGGAGGUGUGUGGUGGACUGUAUCAAAGUGUUUGAGAGCUUUAGAAAAAGAGCUGCAUACUGCUGUUAAUCUUUAAUAAAAUCAUCACAAACGUAGACAACUCUAACCACCCAGUCUAGUUCCUUCUUCUCUUCUGAAUGUUGGUCUGUCUCUUCACCUGUCUGUCUGCAGCAUACAACGACAGCUAUCAGGUCCAGAGCAAUGAUAACUGCCCCCCAGAUCAAUACUUCAUCCAAGAGGACAGUGGAGAGGUAAACCUGUCUCUCUUUACCUCUAUCCGUCUUUCUCUCUCCCUGUCUGACCUCUUGAUGGUCUCUCUCUCUGUAGGUCAGGAACAACCCGAAGCGCUCCUGUCAGUUUAACCGAACCAUGUUGGAGGAGUGUUCUGGGGUUUCAGAUCGUUUCUAUGGUUACAACAGAGGUCAGCCCUGCAUCCUCAUCAAGCUGAACCGGGUAGGUCCAUGGAGCAUGAUCGCUGCAGCUUUGAAUAUCUGCCGUCUGCAGUUGAAGUAGAAAUAUGGAUGCCCAGAGAGGACAUUAGAGAUGCAGAUGAGCAGCUGGUCCCUGUAGAUUUACAGCUGAAAGACUCCUCCCUGUAGAGCUGAUUGACUGAGCGUCUCCUCCCUGUACUCGGUACAGACUCAGUCCAUCCUUUUAUGGCUGAGGAGCUUGGUCCGGUACAGAUGGUUCUUGUGAUGGGGGGCUCUUCCUCCUGAUUCAGAUCAUUUGGCCUGUAAAGAAGUGGCUCCUUUAGCUCCCAGUUUUUAGAGCCAAGUCCUUAGUGACCAACAUCUACUCCCCUUACAGCACAGACACUGUCUGCUGCCACAGUGCUGCAGCGAAGCAGAGUCACCAACAAGUGACUUGGACUUCCAUGAUGAGCACAUACAGCCAAAGGACUCCUUCCUGUGCUUCAGAUCAGCUCCUCCUGCAUAGUCCAUGUACUCGUAUUUGUACAACCGUCCAACAUGUCUCUGUAUCGCCAACUAGCAGGUCCCUCUGAAGUUCAUUAACUCGUCUCAUCCCUGUGUAUCCAAAAAACAGUCGUUUAACACAUCCUUGUAGAGCUGAUGAACCGGCGCCCCCUACAGUUGAUCAACUUGUCCAUUUAUAAGCAGCUUGUCCUUGCACAGCUGCAUGACUCGUCCUCACAGUAAUAGGAAUGUCAUGUCUUCAGUCACCAUCUUGUUUACAGUUUGUACAAUUGCAUAUUAAUCUAAUAGUUUACCCCUCCUCUCUACCUGUCCGUCUUCCUGUCUCUCUUCAGGUAAUCGGUAUGUUGCCGGGGAAGGACGGUCAGUCUCCGUAUGUCACCUGCGGAGCAAAGGUCUGAAUCCAUCUGUCUGACUGACCAUCUGUCUGUCCUACUGUCUGCCUGUCUCACUGUCUGUGUAUCUGUCUCACUGUCUGUUAGACCAUCUGUCUUCAUCUCAUGUGUUGUCUCCAUCUCUGCGUCCGUCCAUCAUCAGAGGUACAAAGUGGACAAAGAUAAUUGGGUAAGAACAGUAGAGCACAGUAAGAAAACGCAGUAGUGUAUUAGAAACAACAAAUAAAGACAGUAGAGUUCAGAAAAGACAGUAGAGUUUAGAAAAGACAGUAGAGUUUAGAUAAUAACACAGCAGGGUUCAGAUAAUAAAGACAGUAGAGUUCAGAUAAUAAAGACAGUAGAGUUCAGAUAAUAAAGACAGUAGAGUUCAGAUAAUAAAGACAGUAGAGUUCAGAUAAUAAAGACAGUAGAGUUCAGAUAAUAAAGACAGUAGAGUUCAGAUAAUAAAGACAGUAAAGUUCAGAAAAUAGAGACAGUAGAGUUCAGAUAAUAAAGACAGUAAAGUUCAGAUAAUAAAGACAGUAGAGUUCAGAGAAUAAAGACAGUAGAGUUCAGAUAAUAAAGACAGUAGAGUUCAGAUAAUAAAGACAGUAGAGUUCAGAUAAUAAAGACAGUAGAGUUCAGAUAAUAAAGACAGUAGAGUUCAGAUAAUAAAGACAGUAGAGUUCAGAUAAUAAAGACAGUAAAGUUCAGAAAAUAGAGACAGUAGAGUUCAGAUAAUAAAGACAGUAAAGUUCAGAUAAUAAAGACAGUAGAGUUCAGAAAAUAAAGACAGUAGAAUUAAAAUAAUAACACAGCAGGGUUCAGAUAAUAAAGACAGUAGAGUUCAGUGUGUUGAUCAGUGUGUGUGUGUGUGUUUGUGUCUCUGUGUGGACAGAGGGAGGACAGUGACAAGAUGGGACUGCUGGCGUAUUAUCCUCCCAAUGGAACCUUCAACCUGAUGUACUACCCGUACUACGGCAAGAAAGCCCAGGUAACACCCCAUUCAUUCUGAGCUCUUAUCGAUUUUCUGGACUACAUCGUGUACAGUACUGCAGGGCAUGGCUUUGUAAAUCACUGUGAGGCCAGUUUAUCUAAAUAUAAACUGUGUCAUGGCCUCUGUGUCCAUGAUGACCUACCAUAGCUGACGUUAGUCACAUGUGUUCAGCUGGGGUUUCUGUAUCUGGAUCUGUUUUUGAUGUGGCCUGUGUAUCCUGAUACAUGGUUUUUAUAUCAUAUAUUUACUUAUCAUGCUGUCACUCAUAUAUCGUGAUACCUGCCAUGGCUUUUGCAUACUGAUGAGUGUUCAGUUAUGGUCCAUGUGUUGUGAUAGCUUUCAAGGCCUCAUGGUAAAUAUCUCAGGUGUCUCUCUCUGCGCGUGUCUAUCAUGUCUAUCAAGGGUUGGUUCAUGUCUUUCAAGGGUUGGUUCAUGUCUUUCAAGGGUUGGUUCAUGUCUAUCAAGGGUUGGUUCAUGUCUAUCAAGGGUUGGUUCAUGUCUAUCAAGGGUUGGUUCAUGUCUAUCAAGGGUUGGUUCAUGUCUAUCAAGGGUUGGUUCAUGUCUAUCAAGGGUUGGUUCAUGUCUUUCAAGGGUUGGUUCAUGUCUUUCAAGGGUUGGUUCAUGUCUAUCAAGGGUUGGUUCAUGUCUUUCAAGGGUUGGUUGAUGUCUAUCAAGGGUUGGUUCAUGUCUUUCAAGGGUUGGUUCAUGUCUUUCAAGGGUUGGUUCAUGUCUUUCAAGGGUUGGUUCAUGUCUAUCAAGGGUUGGUUCAUGUCUUUCAAGGGUUGGUUCAUGUCUAUCAAGGGUUGGUUCAUGUCUAUCAAGGGUUGGUUCAUGUCUAUCAAGGGUUGGUUCAUGUCUUUCAAGGGUUGGUUCAUGUCUAUCAAGGGUUGGUUCAUGUCUAUCAAGGGUUGGUUCAUGUCUUUCAAGGGUUGGUUGAUGUCUAUCAAGGGUUGGUUCAUGUCUUUCAAGGGUUGGUUCAUGUCUUUCAAGGGUUGGUUCAUGUCUUUCAAGGGUUGGUUCAUGUCUAUCAAGGGUUGGUUCAUGUCUUUCAAGGGUUGGUUCAUGUCUAUCAAGGGUUGGUUCAUGUCUAUCAAGGGUUGGUUCAUGUCUAUCAAGGGUUGGUUCAUGUCUAUCAAGGGUUGGUUCAUGUCUUUCAAGGGUUGGUUGAUGUCUAUCAAGGGUUGGUUCAUGUCUUUCAAGGGUUGGUUCAUGUCUUUCAAGGGUUGGUUGAUGUCUAUCAAGGGUUGGUUCAUGUCUUUUAAGGGUUGGUUUAUGUCUUUCAAGGGUUGGUUCAUGUCUUUCAAGGGUUGGUUCAUGUCUAUCAAGGGUUGGUUCAUGUCUUUCAAGGGUUGGUUCAUGUCUAUCAAGGGUUGGUUGAUGUCUUUCAAGGGUUGGUUCAUGUCUUUCAAGGGUUGGUUCAUGUCUAUCAAGGGAAAUCGAGAUGGUGGUUCUAACUCUAUAGAGCAACAUUCACUGAGUGUGUUUGUGUGUGUGUGUGUGUGUGUGUGUGUGGUGUGUUCAAUGUCUCAGGUGAACUACACUCAGCCACUGGUGGCUGUCAAGUUCCUGAACGUCUCCAUGAACACGGACAUCAACGUGGAGUGUAAAAUCAACUCCAACACUCUGACCGAAGGCAGCGAGAGAGACAAGUUCGCCGGACGAGUUUCCUUCAAACUACGGAUCAAUGACAAAUAGACACACACGCGUUCAUACACACACGCACACACACACACACACAUUAAAGCUGCACUCUUCAAUGUUUGGGUCCGUCUUCAUCCUCCUGUUAAGACCCAAAGGUGUCACGUUUUGUUUUCAUUCCAGCUUCAUGAUGCAUUCACUGACUGUCUGAAUUAUUCCUUUUCUUUAGUUACAGUCUGUCCUUGUGUGAACUGCGGUAUGUUCUUUUUCCCACUGAUGUGAUAUUCAUGUGCUACGGCCUCAGAGCAGCUUUAACUCAAACACACCGUUCAUGAAGAAAGUGACCAAUCAGCACACACACAGGCUCUGAUGUCACUGCUAGGGUGGUCUGUAGACAGAGCUCCACCUCUGUCACAUCAAUCUGCAUGAGACCAAAAUAUUGAUCGCACAGCUGAUGUGUUUACUGAUUUAUUUAUUGAUUAUGUUAUUUGCUUAUUACUUGUUUAUUUAUUUGUAAGAGUUACUGAUGAAAACGCCAGUAUGGUGACUAAGUUUAGGUCUGACUUCAGAUUGGUUUCUGCAUCGCUGUCCAGUUUAAACAUCAGGUUCAAUCUGGUUCACCAAAGAAAUCUGAACUUCAAAAACUAAAGAUUUAAACAGAAAAACACAAAACCAGUUCAGGAACUGGAUCAGGAACCUAUCCACACCAAAAUCUAAAACAAUGGCAACAGAAUCCAAGUCCAGGUAUUGUAUCUUGUACAAGUAAAGGGAUAAGACCAGAAACUAGUUGAACAGUGUGAACACAAACCACGUCAGGAACUGGAUUAUCAAUAGAUCCAGAAUUAUGAAACCAAAAACUAAAACAACAGGAGCAGGAUCCUGGUCCAGAUGUCAGAACUAAUGCUUAUUCAGGGAUAACACCAGAAACCACUUUUACAGUGGGAACACAAACCAGUUCAGGAACUGGGUUGGGAACAUAUCCCGAAAUAUGCAACCAAAAGACUUAACAGGAACAGAAUCCCAGUCCAAACACCAGAUCUUAGUCCAGUUCAACAACAACAUGGGGAACUGGUUCAACAGUGUGAACCCAAAAAGAUUCAGGAACUGGAAAUGGGAUCGAUCAGGAAUAAGAAAAAGAAACAGGAUCCCUGUCCAGAUAUCAGAUCCUAUCCUGGUUUAUGGAUCAAACCAGGAACCAAACUAGGAACCAGUUUGUUAGUGUAAACAGAAACCAGUUAAGUAACUGGGAACAUAUCAGGAUCAGCACUGGUUCAUCGAACAGAACAUCAUGAACCAGAUGAGAAUUCGGGUCGUUGAAACUUAAACCCAUCAGGUGCCAGGGUUAGUUACCACGGCAACAGCACCAGUGUGACGUCACAGCUUUUCUUAUUUGUCUGUUUUGUUUGUUGUUGCUGAUUGGCUCGUUAGAAACACUGAUAGAUAAUUAGAUACUUAAUUAGAGAACCUUUAAAUGAGUUAGUGAUUUUAGUUCUUAAGUUUGAGUUGGAUAAAGAGUUAGGGAGUCUGUAGUCUGUUUGUUUUCCUUCACUGUUGAUUUGUUUACGUGUUUGUUUUGUUUACAACUUUUAUUGUGGGGCUCAGCAUGACAGUUGUUACCGAGGCAACCAAGCCAUCUGACACACAGAUACACACCGAACACUCACACACACACCUCACCUGUCAAUAACUCUCUCGUGCCACGUGGAAACGCCCCCUCCUCACCUGUACUGCUCUCCACCAAUUGUCUUCCUUCAAAGAGUGACCGGCCAAUCAGGUGGUCCCGCUGUAUGAUGUCAUAAGAUACUUGUUUGUGAUUGGUUGAUUUCCCCUGCCUGAAAAUAUCCCUGUGUUUAAAAAACAAUAAACAACAAAGGUUAAAAAAAAAGAAACAAACAGACUG